CACAUGCAACAGUAUUUUCCUGGCUGCAGCACCUGCUUUCUUGCCUCGGUAGGAAUCAUUUUCAAAAACAGCAGCUUCUUGAAGCCCCAGAACGCAUUCCUAUGCUACGGAAGGCGGAAGAGUGGCUCUAGGGGUCAGAAGGCGAAGGUCAGAGGACCGAAUUGGCGGGAGAAUAGAUUGGUGGUCUACGAUCGGAAGCAAUGGUGGCUCCUUGAGGUCCACGGUCCUGGAAUCAUGAUGCUGCUCUGAAGUGUGGGAGAUCAUGAACGUGACAAAAAUCCACAUCCUUAAAAAGCUCACUACUUAGUGAGGAGGCACAUAGGAGACAGGAUUUGACCAUGUUGCCCAAGCUAAUCUUGAACUCCUAGGCUUAAAAUAUCCACCCUCCUUGGCCUCCCAAUGUGCUGGGAUUACAGGCGUGAGCUACCGUGCCUGGUCCAAGUGUUCAUUGAUGAUGAGAGAUGGUGGAGUUUUUCACGUGAAAUCUCAAAAAUAUACUGAGUAAUGUGAGGAUUCUUGCUUUUCUGGAAGCUAACAUAUAGUGAGUGCCAAAGUGGUGACAGAAGAAAUCUUGGGAGAAAGCAUUUUUGCUUGUACUUGACACCGUGCUGGGCCCACCAUGGCUCCUGUGAAGAUCAGCCACGUGGUAUCAUUUUCUUCUCAGGAUCCCAAGUAUCCUGUAGAGAACUUGCUAAACCCAGACAGUCCAAUGAGACCUUGGCUCAGCUGCCCUCAGGACAAGAGUGGGCAACUGAAAGUGGAACUGCAGCUGGAGAGGGCAGUGCCCAUUGGCUACAUUGAUGUGGGUAACUAUGGCUGUGCAUUCCUGCAAAUUGAUGUGGGCCGUUCUUCCUGGCCCCUGGACAGACCUUUUGUCACCCUGCUCCCUGCAGCCAUGCUAAUGUCUCUAACUGAUUCAAAGCAGGGGAAGAACCGCUCCGGGGUCCGCAUGUUUAAAGAUGUUGACUUCCUGGCUCCAGCCUCUAGAGAGUCAUGGGAUCGACUUCGCCUGACCUGUUCCCAACCCUUCACACGCCAUCAGUCCUUUGGCCUGGCCUUUCUACGGGUGCGUUCUUCUCUGGACUCCUUAGAUGACCCUGUGUGGGGUCCCUCAGCCCGUGUGAGCUCUGUGCUGAACCAGGGUUCUUAUGCUCAGGAGUCUGGUCCUAGCCCCUGGCUAGCUAAUCCUUCCAUCCAGAGGACAUUCUUCCCACAUCCCCACGCGGACACCAAGGAAAUUUCAGACCUCAGGAAUAUCCUAACACAGCUGCAGCCAGGGACUCUAGGGCGUUCAGCCCACAUGGUGCUUUCUGCUGCCCGCAGGGUACCUCCAGCCAGUGUGGCAAGCCCAAAGAACAGCCAUGCAGAACCAGGUCCCAGUCAUCCAGGCAGGGCAGAGCCCAGAGCAGAGGAGCAAAACUCUGAGAGUGAUGUGGGCAGGAUGAAAAGACGGAAAGUGCAGCACCAAAGGCCUUUAUCCCACUCUAAUUCUCGGCCAAACAGGAGGGAGACAGCAAAAGCAGGGCAAAGAAAACAACACCGACCACAGGCCCAAAGCAGUAGCAGCCAGGAUAGCAGACAGUGCCCAAUUUGUGCAGGCUCCUUCAGGAUUGAGAUUCUUCCGCAACACGCUGCCACUUGUGGAGAGACCUCCCCACCUCACUCAGCUUCUCCCUCAUCCUCAUCAUCAUCGUCCCAGCCUGUACUGUGGGUGUCCUCCCCAGAGAACUCACCCCCCACCUCCUGGGUUCAGUGCCCUAUCUGCCAGUUGCAUUUCUCAGCAAGAGAAGUAGAAGAGCAUGCCAGCGUGUGUGGGGACUUCCUAUGACUAUGACUGAGAUUGGGACUAAAUCGCUUGACAGCUGAGAAGCGCUGAUGAGGCCGAAGCUCCCUCUCUCUCCCCACCUCUCCUUCCCUCAGGACUCUGCCUGAGGACACCUCUGUGCCUAACCUGAUCCCCAUUCCCAGUUGUCAAGGCUUCUGUGACCAUGGCACCUGAUUCUCCUAAGGCCAGCUCUGUUCUUUUCCCCCUUGGAAGUCUCCUUGGAACUUUUGGGCCUUGGGACACCAUGUAGAAUGUCUUUCCUUCUGUGAGUGGUGCACAUUCUCAUGCCCAUUUUCCUGAAAGGAAAACUGUAGGCCCAGUGAAGAGCAAAUGCUGCCUGACAAAUAAAAUCCUGUGGUAUGCUG